AUGAGUCAAAAAAGUUAUAAAAAUAAAACUUUGCGGGGUAAGGUAGUUAGCAAUAGUGAAGAAGAGGAAAAGACACAGUCUCAAAAAAGUAAGGAAAACUCAAAACAAUCUUUAGCUUUGUGCGCUGCACCACCUAAACUGAGUUUUUUUGACGAGAUAGAAGAAUCUGAUAUAACAGAAUAUAGACCUUUAAAACGUAUUUCGAAAGAUAUUCCAGUCAAUCAAAGAAACAAAACUCAAGGAACAAAGACAGGAACCAGCAUAGAAUUAAAGUCGUCUUCUAAUGAUCAAACUUUAGAAAAUCUAGUUAUUAAAAGUGCAAAUAAAAGGCUUGAGAUUAGAAUGAGUGAUCAAUCUGGAAGAGGGUUAUUUGCUUUGCAAAAUAUUUCUCCUGGGGCUCUUGUUAUGGAAGAUAUACCCUACUCCGCCGUUGUAGAUGAUGCAAACUUUUUUACAACCUGUAGUCAUUGUUUUAUGAAAGGCGGAAAAUUGUCAUGUUGUUCGGCUUGUAAAUUAAUUCAUUAUUGUUCUAAGGAAUGCCAAAGUAAUGAUUGGUCAAAUCAUCAGCACGAGUGCAAAGUUUUUGUUAAAGUGCAAAGAAAACCACCUACUUCAAUUCGUUUACUAUGCCGGAUCUUGAUGCGCCGCAUGAGUGAUCCGGCAUCAUUCAAAGAGAUCGAAAAUUUACAAAGCAAUAGACAUUUAUUCAAGCAAGAACAAAUAGAGACAUUUGCUCAAAUUUCCAUGGUGAUCCGUGAUUGCGUACCUAAAGAUGCCUUAUUAUCUGCAUCGGAGUUGAUUGAAUUAUUUUGUCGUUUUACAGAAAAUAGUUUCUCAAUUUUGGAUGGAGAAAUGAUACCCAAUGGUGUAGCAGUUUAUCCUAAUGCUUCUUUAAUAAAUCAUUCGUGUCGUCCUAAUUGUAUUAUCGUCUUUGAAAAAUCAAAAAUGAUGGUUCGGUGUAUUGAACCUAUUGUGAUAGGUCAAGAGAUUACAAUUAAUUAUACUGAUUUGAGUCAAUCAGGAGAAGAGCGACGAAAAGAAUUGCAAGAUCGUUACUUUUUUUUAUGUCGAUGUGAAUUAUGUGAAUAUUAUAAGAAAUUACAUUAUGACGUAGCAGAUGUAGAAAAAAAAUUAUCAAUAGCUAUAGAAUUGUAUGACAAGGGAUCAAAUUUACGCGACAGAGAUGAUCGUCAAGCAAUAACCUUUUUCGAACAAUCGUUCAACAUUCAAAAUGAGCUUUUACAUAAAGCAAAUUAUUAUUUAAUGAGAACGUGUAAAUCAAUGGUUGAAAUCUAUUGUAAUUUAAGAGAUUGGAAGCAUGCGUUAAUUCAUUCAUUUGAAUUAAUCGAAUCUUAUAGAAUUCUGUAUAGUAAAUUACAUCCAUUGUUAGGUAUCCAACUCUAUUCCACUGCAAGAAUUUAUUUAUCAUUUAAUGAUAAUGAAAUUGAUAUUAAAUAUCUUGAAAAAAUUGAAGAAUCAUUAAGAGAAGCAUUAAAAAUUUUAGAAAUUACUCAUGGAUUUAAACAUCCUCUUACUAAAAUGGUUGAAAUGAAUUUAUGGGAUGUUGAAGGGGAAAUCAAAACUAAAAAAAAAAAAGCAAUAAAUCAAUAA